AUGUCGUCCGGGAACGACCAAAGUUGUAGGAUUCUCGUCGUGUCGUCAUCUCUCCUGCAAGCCACUUCGUUCAUCCAAAGUCUAUCAGCAAUCUCUACCAAUAAAACAUCGAGUCCUUUUCUGUUUGAAACCCUAGAUCUGUCUUCAACAUCACUUACAAUUCCAUGGUCCAUAUCCAAUCGAUACUACACCGCAGACGUCCAUUUCGCGGCGCAUACAUUGGAAAGUGUAGCCAGCCACCACGUCCACGGUGUCCCAGCUGUGAUAUUUGUAUGGGCUGAUGGCGAGCCGUAUGAACAAUACCUGGAUUUUCUGUCCCAUGUCAUUAAAGAAGCGGAACCCGAGGUGUCUUUAGCUGUGAGGAUCCAGCGGGAUGGCGUUGUGGACGUCAUCGCAAAUGGGACAACAAAGGAUGAAGAAAAUGCGAACAUUGAUGGCAUUCUCAUGUCAUACGGAUUUGAGUACAUCGAUGCCACUGGAUUGAUUCCGCCUCAACGGAAUACUAGAAAUGUUGAUCGUGACGACAUCGAGGACGACUCCGAUGACAUACCACAUCUACCCCGCGUUUUGGAUGCGCUGAGCACGAUAAUGUGGACGUCAAUGACACAAAAUAAAUCUCCCGGCACCCCGGAGGCCAUGAAAGGCGUCAAGUAUAGAGGGCAAUAUUCUACACUUGAAGAAAUUAUCAACCGAGAUCCAGCCGACCUCAUUGCUGCCUUGGAGGAGGUGACGAACGAGCCGAUUGGCUUGAAAGAUAAGGAUCUGGUUAAGAGAAACGAAGCAUUGCUGGCCGAGCUUCGGGCCACGUCGGACACUUGGCAAAGUGCUGGUGGCGGUGACGCAUGGCAAUACGCUGCUAGCUCAGGGCAUAUCGUGUCGUCACCCACUGAUAUGGAAACCAUGUCCCCGUUUGGAGUCCUGGCCGAAAGCUCACCGAAUGAAGAUCGCAAAGUCUCUGUAGGAUUCGACGACGAUUUUACGGUGUUUGUUUCUGCUCCAGCACCAUUAGAAACGAUUCAAGAGGCAUCAGGACUGUCGACACCAGAGCUAUUCCAUGGUCCGUCAAAAGGUCUGGCGCCCGUUGACGCUGGCGAUUUUUACCGGUCAUUGGGCUCCGUCUCCGACUUUGGGGGUAGUGAAGACGAAAGAUACACGGAGCUAGAUGACAGUAAUGAUUUCGAUGAUCCCAGCGACUUGAAGACCCCGAAAUCCAAAGACGAUGAUAGUAUGCCAACAGAAACGGAAAUCAGAGAGACAUCGUUACGAAUAUUUGGAGCUCCCGUCCUUUCUCGCUUGCAUAUGCAACGGGUUGAUGCUUCAACACCAAAAGCUGAAAUUGCGGACUCCCUCACGCCUGAACAAUUUACCUCUGGCAUUGACGAUCCAUACGAUAUGGAGUCGUUUGAUCUUACAAAGGUGCUAGGGGCUUUGCAGCAAUUCAAAAGUGAGAUAGCUGGAAUGGACAACGAGGAUGAAAGGCGCAAGGCUGCAGCCAAAGUCGCACUUGGGUUGGUCUAUGGACUCGAAGGGGGAAUAGAGCAGUAA